AUGGCCGAUGAUUUCGUCGACGACGUAAUCACUCAAGCAUGCCGUCUCGCCAAACUGCGCCCUUCCUCGUCCCUCGAGAUCCGCGAUAUUCAACUCGUUCUUGAGCGCAACUACAACAUGCGCGUCUCGGGCUUCUCAACCGAUGAUCUCCGCACUGUGAAGAAGCCCCAGCCUACUCAGGCCUGGAUGCAGAAGAUGUCUGCUGUUCAAGCUGCGAAGGUUACGCAGGGUCGCUCGGAGUAG